GGGCGGCGGCUCAGUGCAAGGAGGAGGCGGCGGAGGAGGGUGGGCGCGAUUUUUUUUUUUUUCCCCUCCUCCUUUUCCCCCUCCCUCCACGCGAGUUUUCCGCCAUGAACCCCAACUGUGCUCGCUGCGGGAAGAUCGUGUAUCCCACGGAGAAGGUGAACUGCCUGGAUAAGUUCUGGCACAAAGCAUGUUUCCACUGCGAGACCUGCAAGAUGACCCUGAACAUGAAGAACUACAAGGGCUACGAGAAGAAGCCGUACUGCAACGCACACUACCCGAAGCAAUCCUUCACCAUGGUGGCAGACACGCCCGAGAACCUGCGCCUAAAGCAGCAGAGUGAGCUCCAGAGCCAGAUCCGCUACAAGGAGGAGUUCGAGAAGAACAAGGGCAAGGGCUUCAGCGUGGUGGCCGACACCCCGGAGCUGCAGAGGAUCAAGAAGACUCAGGAUCAGAUCAGCAACAUCAAGUACCACGAGGAGUUCGAGAGGAGCCGGAUGGGCCCCAGCCCCAGCGAGGGCUCGGAGCCGGAGCGCCGGAAUUCCCAGGAGAGCGGCGGCUACCGGAGAGCAGAGCAGCAGCAGCAGCAGCACCACGGCCAGCCCGGAGCCACGGUUUACCAGCAGCAGCAGCCGCCUCCAUCCCAGUCCUACGGCUACAAGGAGCCAGCCCCGGCCUCCUCACAGCGCAACGCCCCGGCCGGAGGGGGGAAGCGUUUCCGUGCCGUCUAUGACUACAACGCGGCAGACGAGGACGAGGUGUCCUUCCAGGACGGGGACACCAUCAUCAACGUGCAGCAGAUCGACGACGGCUGGAUGUACGGCACGGUGGAGCGCACGGGGGACACGGGCAUGCUCCCUGCCAACUACGUGGAGGCCAUCUGAGCCCGGGGACGCCGCCCUGCCCCGUGUCCCCUCCCCGUGUGCGCGUCUCUUGUCCCCUCCCCGCCCUCGGAGCCGUGUCCCCGUGUCCCCUCUGGGCGCGGUGUCUCUCGCCACUUCUGCCCCGUGGGGGCUGUGGGGCACUGUGGGGUGGGGAUCAAAGCCCCAGGGGCUCCUGCUCCUGUCCCUGCUGUCCCUCCUGUCCUGCCCUCCUCUGGAGCCCCCGGGGUGUCAGGAAAGGGAGGGAGAGGCCAAGUCAGGACCAAAUUCCUGCUGGGGGGUGGGAGAGGCGAGGGGGGCUCGGCCAGGGGUGCCCCGGGCUCGGGGUGGGCUCCCCCUGCUCAGCUCCUGCUGCCCUGGGCUGCUGCCCUCGAUCCUUGCUCCCUGCAGUGCCCAGAGCAGGGAAGUUUUCAGCUCAAACCUCCAGCAAAACCUCUCUGCUCGGGGUUCCGAGCUCUGGGCAGCCCUGCAGGAGGCUCUGGCUGCUCCUGCCCAGGGCUGGGAUGGGAUGAGCCCCCUGGAGCUGGGGUGAGCCCCCCAAAUUGGGAUGAGUCCCCCUGGAGCUGGGAUGAGCCCCCGAGAUUGGGAUAAACUCUCCAGACUGGGAUGAACCCCCUGGUGCAGGGAUGAAUCCUCCUGGACUGGAGUGAGCCCCCCAGACUGGGAUGAAUCCCCCCAGACUGGGAUGAAUCCCCCCAGACUGGGAUGAGCCCCCCAAAUUGGGAUGAAUCCCCCCGGACAGGGAUGAGCCCCCCAGACUGGGAUGAGCCCCCCAGACUGGGGUGAGUCCCCCAGACUGGGAUGAGUCCCCUGGAGCUCCUGCUCGCUCUGGGGGUCCCCUGGGGGAGCCUUUCCCCCCACCCAGAAUUUUCCUGCCUUUCUCCUGCUGCUGAGUGCUGCCACCCCUCUGGGCCCAUCCCGGGGCACUGUCCCCUGGGUGCUGUGACACCCCGGGCCACCCCACACCUCUCAUUCCCAGCGCUGGUGGCAGCUUUUUGGGACCACUUUGGGAUCGAGUCACGGACCAAACCACGUCCCUGUCCCCUUCUCCUCUGGGCUCAGGAGGUCCUGGGGAGGAUCAGGGUCAGGUAAAACUGGAAAUGAGCAGGGAGGGAGGAGUGGGAACCUCUGGGACAGCGGGAUGUCCCCGUGCCAGGACCUGGGGACAGCAGGAGCGUCCCCGUGGGGCCGGGAGGCUCCCAGGGGGCAGCGCCGCCUUUGUUAUUCCACAGGAAAAUCGGGAAUGCGGGACCAAAGCGGCCGAGUGAGACAUUCCUUGUGCUGCUGGGGACACCUCCCUCCCCCGGGGGCUGGGAUUUGGGGCAGAAACCCUCCGGGAAAAGGGAAUUCCGGCUGCAGAGGGAUGGGGACAGGGAUCUGGGGUGACACCGGGGCAGGAGCAGCCAGGACGGGCUGCCCGGGGUGGGAAUCCCGGCUGGUGCUAAAACAGGGAGCACAAGGGCAGGGGGAGCCUCCUCUCCCUGCUGAAUCCUCUUCUUAAUCACGUUCUGGUCUGGGAAUUGCGGGGGGGAGCAUCAAUGUGAAUAAACCCUUUUUUAAUGGACCAAAUAACACAGGAAAUUCCCUUUUGGGAUACAGAUCUUUUUUUAAUCCUCCCUCGAAACUGUUGUCCCUAAAUUCUCCUCUCCCAUGCCCCUUUUCACCCUCACCAAGGGAAACAAACCUCUUACUGCUUGAUUUCUGCCUUUUCUCUCAACUUUAUGCACUUUUUUGCCUUUUUUUUUCAUAGCUGAAAAGCACCUAAACCUGUAUUUAAAAUAAAUAAAUAAAUAAAAGAGUAAAAAAAAAAAAAAAAAGAAAUUACAAGGAAGAAGAACCAUUAAAAAGCUGAAUAAUUGCUUCUCAUCACGUGUAAAAUAGACCUCAUCCAUCCCAGCUUCCCUGGUCGUGUCUCAGUGCUGAGCUUAGAACGUGUUUUCCUCGGGAUCCGUCGCUUAAUUGGGGUUUUGUCCUUGUGUCCUCCUUCCUGGGUUGAGCACCCACCACUAAAAAAAAAAUAAAUUCGAAGUUAUUUGGCCUUUUUAUCUAAAAAAAGAAAACCCACGGAAUGGAACAACCCGACCAAUUCUCUUGCCGGUUUUACUCGGAUUGAAAAUAAAAGUUUAAUUUUUACCUGCU